UCGCACGUGUAUCUGGGAAGAUGAAGAACUGUGGAAGAACCGAACACGCGAUAUCGCAUCAGUAUUCUCCACUUAGUUGUAAUUAAAUUUAAUUAUCUAAUUAAUGAACGCGUAUAAACUAAUUUAAAUAAUGACGAAGCUAGGUGCUGCCGCGGUCACUUCCUGCCUUGGCGUCCCUAUGGAUAUUAAACUCGGGGAUGGUCGGCCUGCCUGCCAUUUUUUAUAUCUACGAAACCGCGGAGGGGCAUCGGAUUUUUCUCUCAAAGUCCCACGCGCGUCGCGAUUAUCGCUAACGAAAACCCCAAGUUUCCGAGGAUUCCACACCGUGUCUAUAAGUAAAUAUACUGCACGCUCUUGAGUGACGACAGGAAAUGACUUUCGGUCGCCGAGCCCGUUACACCACCUCGGAACGGCAGCGCGCGCGAACGCAAGAAAACCUAAGGACUAGAGAAUCGAGCGAUUAACGCGAAGACGUGGGUAGAGGUGUACGUCGAAUAUUGAAUUCUCUCUCUUAUGGGAAGGAGUAGCGUCACCGGUUCGUUCGAAUGACCGUUUGAUAGUCCGUUAAUUAUUCCGAACGUGUAAACGCGCCUACCGAGGACGGUUGAGCUCCGCUGUGAAAAUCGUAAAGCUGCGUCGCUGCACGUACGAUUGUGUCAACCGCAAGGCGAACUUCUGGCGGAUGCAAUACACGCGUACGGAAUUUUCACGACCCCUUUACGCGGCGCCAAUUAUUUGCCCCAAAGACGCCUUAAAUGGCCUCGCUAUACAAAUACAAGUUGGAGUCGAUAGUCGAUCAAAUUUGAUUCGUACGAAUUUUAAAGCUUAGGGAUAAAAACAAAAAAAUAAUCAACGAAAUGAAAUGUACCGAUCCGCGUUUGGAUUAUCGCGUUUCCACGGGAGCGAAGAGAAAAAAAAAAAAAAAAACCAUUUUGCACGUUUCAUCGCAAGUUCGUUGCGAAGCGGAUAUGCUCGUGAUCACGAACCCUGACCAUCUUGCGGUACGGAAUGACUUUGCCUCGUACAUCGUAACCCAAAAAACAAAAACAUAAAAAAAAAGAAAAAAGAAAGAAAGAAAGAAAGAAAAAAAAAACUGGCCACACAGUACGCAUGAAGAUAUAAAAUAUGGUACAUUAAUUGUUAGGAGCGGUAGACGUAUGAGAAUUUUUAUUCUUUCAUCUCCGUUACCGAAGAAUUUCCUAGGUAGAUAGAAUCCUGAAAAAUAUGCACGGUUUUAAUGGAGUAUCAGUUCCAGUCACGAGACUGAACUUCGUUUCCGUUCUCCGUCAGUUUUAUAACAUCACGUGUAACAACAAUCGCACGUCUAUUGUACGGUGAAUAGUGAUUAAAAGUUGAUUAUUUUUCGGAGAAUUUAUUAAAUCCGUUUCGAGUGAGAAAGUUGUUUCUCACGAUGAGCCUUGAGAUUGAUAUUUACGCCAAUGAGAUCAUUGGGAAGAAUAAUUAUUUUUUUUCCGUUCAAAUAUUGAUGGAAGUUGCCAAACGUAUAUGAUACAGACCUAUCGCCCUCGAUACUGCGAGCUGUCCGUUGACUCGCCAUGUUCCCCAGUACAUAACCGUUCCUCCCAUAUCGAUGAUACGCUCCCUUUCGUCCUGAAAAUAAAAUAUUAUUUUAGAUAAAGUUGAAAGAAAAAAAGAAAACAAAAAUCAAACAACGAGAAAAUACGGAAUUCUUAUAAACGAAUAUUUCAAACAGUACGUAACAGGUUAAGGAUAUCUCAAAUAAUACUGGGAACAACGAUAUUCUCUUAUUUUUAGGUGUAAAAAAAUACAAUUACCGAUGCCCCUGUUUGACAGUUCGCGAAUAAAUUUUGACCCGACAGAAUCCGAAUAGGUGUUACGUAGGGGGUUAUAAAAUUAGGAAGAAAAAAAAAAAAAACAACCACAAACAACUUACUACUUUCAACCGAGACAAUGACGGAACGAGGUACACAAAUUGACGGGGAUCGUAGAUUGCUCGAAUUCCGAACGUACGAGGAGUACUUGGAUUCCCUAGUGACUGUGGUGGAUCUAUGUUAUCUUCGCAGUACAACGAUAGCCAGAUCUGUCGCAGAAUUGGGUUACAGGUGUAUAGGGGAAACACUUACGAAGCAAGAAUUCAACAGGCGUCUGACGGCCGUCCAGAAUUUGUUGCAUCCGAUUCGUGGCCCUUACGAAAUCUGCUCGGAAUUGAUAAAACCGGUGAGCGACCUCCACCGCGAAUUGGCGCUGCGCGAACGAGGGAAUAGGCUCGGGACGUUGACGACGAUAGUGUUUCUACGACACUUGACAAGGUACGGAUUCGAGGUGUCGGGCUACAUCGACUACAGGCAAAGAUUGAACGCCGAGGAUUGGACGUCGUAUUUUCAAGGGAGGAAAAGGCUCUGGCCUUCGCCGACUGACCUGGCUUACUAUCAUUGGAGAAUGGGUAAGACGGUCUGCAACGAUACGCCGAAUUUUCACCCCUUCAUUGAUCCCGGCGAGGGGCUUGUUUUCAAAAACCUGCACGAUAGAACCACGAUAUCCAUCGAUAACUUCCAACGUUCACCUGGCACGAGUACGACACGAGUUGAUGUCUCAUCCGAUAAUUACGAACAAGUUGUACUCUACGAUCACGUCGUACGUAGAAGACUUUAGAACGAAUCGU